GAAUACCGCGUUUUAUGCGUUACACGUUGCGGUUAUGGAAGCUGUUGUAACUUCUGUGUAUAACUCUUGGCGUGAUGUGGAGUUCAGUGAUUUACAAAAAACGUUGGAGUCAGUAGCAACUGAGUUGACUUCGAACCACGAGAAGAAUGACAUUUCUAGGGCCAACUUAGUAAAUCAUACAAAAGAGUUCCGGAAGUCUGCUUCUGAGGAAGUGCGGAAGUCUGCCAUGACAAUUGUUAAGUGUUACCAGACAGAGUUUGAUGCUGUUCAGAAAAGAUGCAAAUAUUCAGAGGAUGCUUAUCUCUCAAUCUACAAAAAGUUGAUUGACCUGCCAGAUCCUUCCUUUGCACUCAAUGAGCUCCAUUCUCUUCAGAAGCGAGCUGAGAAAGCCUCAGAACUGGAAUUCGAAUCACGUAAACUUAAGGAAAGCUGUGAUGAAUUGAAAACAAAGGUUCAGGAACUUAAAAAUUAUGAGCGUGAAAAUAAGCGGCUACAACGGCGUCUUGAUGAACUGUCCAAUUCUUUGGAUUCUAAAAUCCAAAUGAGCAGUUCUAAGUUAGAGGAUGAAUGUCAAAGAAAAUUAGAGUCAAAAGAGCAAGAGCUUGCCAUAUUUAAGGAUAAAGCAGAACAAAAAUUGAACAGCUUAGAAGCCAAAAACCUGGCCAUUUCUAAAGCACUGGAAUUGGCACAAUCUGAGCUAUUUCGGCUUAAAACUCAAGUGAAUGCUAGUGAAACCGGCCGGUCAUCUGAACUUGAAUUACUUAUAGACGAUCUUGAGAAGUCAAAUGCAAAACUUGCAUCUGCUGAAGCUGAAUUGGCCAGAUUGCGUGAGGAUAGUGCACAUGUUCCAAGUGUACCAGUUGCAGAUAUUAGCCGACUUCAGUAUCGUGUUGAAGAACUUGAGUAUGAAUUAUCCAAUCUAUCUCAGGAGAAAUCCUCACUACUUGAUCAGUUGGAAUCGUUAAAGUUGUCAAAACUUUCAAACGAGACAACCUUACAGAAUCGGAUUCAAGAUAUAGAAAAGGUGAUACUAGAAACUAGAAAUUCUUUAGAUGAAGCCAAUAUUAAACUUGAUAAACAGUCAGAUUAUGAAGAAGUAAAACGUGAACUAUCUCUUCUGCGUUCUAUUGAAUUUCCUGAAGAUGGAGAACAAUUGUAUAGCUCUGAAAGUCAUACAAAAGAAUCGGUUGACUGUGUUCCAUUGGAGGUGCUUCUUCUAAGAAAGAACAAAGCAUUCGAGAAUCAGUUGGCUGAAGUAAAUACCUCUCGAGAAAGAUUACAAAUUGAACUUAAUCAGAUGAAGUCAACUGAAGUUGAAUUGAAACAACGAAAUGAAGAACAGUCAGAAUUGAUAAAGCUAUUGGAAUCUGAUUUGUAUCGUUUACAAACUGGUUUUGAUGAAUCACGAAGAUCAAAUGAUUCAAGAAGUCGACUAGAGGGUCAAUUACUUGCAGAAGUUAUUGGAGAGCAGAAAACAAAUCAGCUUGAUCAAUCUUUACUACACAUUGUACAAAAUCAACGUGAUCGAUUUCGUACACGAGCUGAAGAGUUGGAACAAAAUGAAGUGAAUCUACGCCAACAACUAGUAUCACUUGAACGUGAAGUGGAAUCAGUACGCAAUGAUAAUGUAAAACUUUAUGAGAAAAUACGUUUUCUACACUCUUAUGCAAGUCCUACAACCAUACAAACUCGAAAUAAUCCUGUUGGAAAUUCAUUUUCUCAGUAUCCUGCAUCAUCAUCAUCAUUAUCACCACUACAAUCAUCAUCAAUGUCAACAUCACAGUUUUGGAAUCAUGAAUCAAAUGAUGAUACUGUUAUCAAAUAUUCAAAGGUGUAUGAAGCGCAAUUGAAUCCAUUUAAUCAAUUCAGUCGAUAUGAAAAACAACGUGUUUACAAAAGGUUACAACCUUAUGAAAAGCUUAUGUUACAUUUGGGACGUUUUGUUAGCUCUGAUCAUCGACUUCGCUUGGGUUUAUUUCUAUAUGCAAUAUUUUUACAUUUGUUCAUAUUCAUUGCAUUGUAUAAAGCAGCUCAUUUUCAACAUAGUGCACUGGAGACUGAAGCUAAUUGUCAUUCUCGAUGUCAGAAAAAGUCAGAAGGAAGCUACUCCCAAUUCCAUAGUUCAACAUUAAAAAGAUCCCAACUGCAUAAAAUAAGAAUUGGCAUACAAACAAAAGCGAAGCAGAACUUAGUACAUAAGAGCAAUGGUAAAAGUUACCAUCCCUCAUAGUAGCAUGCAAAGUGGGUAAAAAAAUCUGAUAUCAAAAUAAACAAAGACGUAGUGGCCUUAGGGUCAGUGAAGAACGAUUCAACUUUAGAAGACACCAACGAGUGGAUGUGUUUGGAUUAUUGUAACAGAAUUUCAGUUGUGUCAUACUCUGGCAACACACUCUUUCGUCCUUACUGUGACCUCAGUUUCCUCCUUUUGAUUAACUCGGUUUCUUACCAUCUCCAACCUGCUUAGCUAUUCCUGAAGUUUGCUGUCGCAUAACACUAGUUCAAUCAAAAGAAUUGUGUCUGACUUCAUAAGCUGGAUACAGAUAAAUAGACUAAAUGCCACCCUAAAAACUAAUCAGGAUUGCGUGUCGUGAAAAAGCUACGCUUUUCAUCAAAAUCAAGAAGCGAAACUACUUCUUUCCAUUCAUAACAGUGGAGACAUUUAGAGUCACUCAACAAACGACGGUGGAUGGAAAACUACGAAAGGCCUAGUUACUUACCGCGCCUAGAUGUAACGCAGAGAUUCGAACUUCAGACUUAAAAGUUCGUCAAAGCAAAUGAUCAAAUGUUCAUAUGCAGCAGAUCCAAUAUCCAGGAUUCAUCUACCCAGCUUGCGUAGACGAUUCAACUUCUUUACGCUCGUUUACACAUUUCACAUAAGCAUACGAGUUAUUUCUUGGUUUUCUGCACAUCAGACUGUACUUUCUGUAGAACCGGCGACAAGUCUCCAGGUGGUCAGAAAUUGAGUCGGCCUUUUGCCUUCACCAUUUUUUUUCACAACGGUAAGAUAGCUAGUAAGGAAGGCGAGGUGGAACUUUACGUCUCCUCUUCCCUUGCAGCUCACUUUAUACACAUUCAAGAACUUAACUGUCUUGAGGAGUCCACCUGACCCUCCAUUAGGCUGCCCGAGGCUUUUAAGUGCUCAGCCGAGGUGACUUAUUGGGAGCCACGUGCUGACGCAUAAAGUAGUGACCAGGCGUUUGGGGCAGUGAACUCAGUCAUCAACUGGGGCACUUGUGCGCAUUCUACUUCUAGAUUUCAGCCUUCCAAGGGUUAAGGCUAAACUUAACAAUGUUACGCUUAGCGGAGAUGGUGAUUCCUAUGUAGAGCAGUUCUUCAACCAAAUGUGAGACCGAUGACACCAUGGAAUAAACCCAGUUCCCAGCCCACAUAGACUAAAUCUUUGCAAAUGAGGAAGUCCCGAACGAAAGCCUAGCAAUCCUUCCUCCUUCAGGCUGAAGUGACCACGUAGUUAUUGGCUUUAGGUAUGUGGCGUCACACACCUCCCCAAAAUCAGUAGCCUGGGGCUCGACGACAUCCGGCAUUGACGCUGACCUUGAUAGUCUAACUGGAUUCGCUAAGCUGAAGGCACCGGGUCAAGCAUCCUCGCCAUUUGGCACGCUGUCGCACUACAUUGCACUACUCGUAUUCUACUCUCUAGCCAGUUAGUUGGAACGCAUCGGUAUCUUGGCACAACCACCCAAAUAUAUUAUUCCAUCCGAUC